AUCUAAUUAUAUAUACUCCAAGAGUUGCGCAAAACAGGAAUAUUUGAAGUCUGAAGAAACAUGGAUAUCAAACAUCUCAUCUUCAAUUUCUUCCUCCUAUCCUUCAUCAUCUACACUAAUGCGAAUUCGUCGGACUGUAUUUACACCAUCUAUGUGCAAACCGCGGAUAUUCCGUCGGCCGGCACUACUGCUAACGUAAGCCUCUUUGUCGGCGACAGCUUCAAAGACGAACUCUCCAUCAGCAACCUCAAAGAUUGGGGUUUAAUGGGCUCAACCCACAACUACUUUAAGGUCGGAGAAACGGACCUCUUCUCUGUGAAAGGCCCAUGUUUACGUGGGCCCGUAUGCAGCAUAAUAAUCGUGAUAAGCGGUUAUGAUGAUUGGUAUUGCGACUUUAUUGAAAUAAGCUCUGUAGCACUUGGAAAAUCGUGUUCCCAAAAGCAUUUUGUGGUGAAGAAAUGGCUCGAUUACAACAAGGGAUCAGCGCUCAUUCUUCAAGACGAGUGUGUGAGUGAAUAUGGGAGUUUGAGGAGCUGAUAUUAGUCGUACUUAUCUUGUAAGUUUUAGUAAGGUUGUGGAGUUUUUGCAUAAUGCAUUAUGCGAGUCAAUAAAGUUGGAUGUGCUCAAAGUCGACGUAGAAAGAGAUGACGUUGUUAGAAAAGCGGUACGUAAUAGUGUUGUCAUAACUGCUAUUAAUAACAUUUUUUCUAAAGAGCUGACAUUGUUUAAAAAGCGAUACUAGUAUUGUAAUAGCUGCUAUUAAUAACAUUCUUCUUUGACAACUAAGUAUUGUACCAUCAAAUAAACUUACUUCAUAUAAUAGUUUUUUAUCUA